GAGACUGCACAACACUGUGCUUUAAAUUGCAAGUUCUAGCAAUAUUUUUGUUUAUCUUAUUUUAAUUGCAGACGUUUUAAUAAAGUGAGUGAAAAUGCCGGUGGUGGAUUUAGCUGUGGAUCGGAAUCUGCUGUGUGCGAAUUUCGAUGGCUAUAAGCUGUCGUUCGACGCAGUCGCUGUGCUGCGACAGAGCUUGCAACGGGAUCCAUUCAAAUUGGAGCCGCAUGCCAGGAAUCAAUAUUCAUUGCUGCACACGGAGUUGUUUGCCCGCCACAAUUUGCUCUUUUCGGAUCCGUGGGCGCGGCACAAUUGUUAUUAUGUGAAUACCGCCCAUCAGCUGGUGCUGUGCUCCUACGAUGAGCAACGUGGACAAGCGCGAGAUCAACGCAUUGUCUACGAAAUGCAGCUGUCGGAUCACGGCGAUGGCUUCGCACACAUUCCGGGUGAUUACAACUAUACGUUGCGCUUCAUCUCGGAGAAGUAUUGCGUGCUUUGUGAUGGCAUGCUGAGCUACACGCUGCUGGACACUGGAGAUCGUGGACGUGCCACAACCUGGCAACUGAUCACACGCACUCCGAUCAAUCAGAUUGAUCCAAUCACUGCCAGCAGCAGCUGCGUUGAUUUCCCGCGUGGCUUUGUGCUCUACGAUGCCCGUCUGGACAUUGUCCAGGAGCGCAAGCAAAUCUCUUUGGCUGCUGGACAUGUGGCAAGACGCACAGCUGCCACUGAGCUGCAGACGGAUGUGCACAUCAUGGAGAUCACCUGGUCACGUUGGGUGCUAGAUGAUGCCACUUGGCGUUACGACGUUUGUGUCAAGCUGGAGACAAAGGGUUCCAUUUACUAUUGCGCCUUUGAGCCACGUGCGCAAUCCUUAAUACUCUGCUCCAAUGGGGAACUACAAACAGAGGCGCAACGGGAGGCGGCCAAGGCGGAGGAAGUGGCACAGCCAAGAGCACAGCUGCAGAAUGGCCAGGAGCAGGCAGAGGAGACGGAGCAGGCAGCUUACACCUGGACACAGACGGAGGAGGAUGUGACUCUGCGCUUUCCUCUAGCAAAUCAUGUUACCUGCAACGAUGUCCACAUCAAUUGCACACAGAAUCAACUGCAAGUGGAGUGUCAAUCCCAAAUGCUGCUGAAUGCCACACUCUUUGCUUCAGUGGACAACGAGCUGACCAACUGGACAGUGGAAAGAGAGCAGCUGCAGUUGACGCUGUCCAAGCAGCAACAUGAGCACUGGCCACGUCUCUUAGAUGCCGCAGAUGAAGCGGAUUCGGAGCCAGAACGUCUGCCAAUACCGAAUCUAGAGGAUCCCAUAGAGGAGUGCGAUUUCCCGCUGGACUCCGCCAGCGAGGACAUUAAAAUGGUUCGCUUCAAUUUACCCACAAAUGCCAUCACACACACCAUAUUUCUGGGCGCAGCUCCGCCUCUGUUUGUGUCCACAUUGCGUCCGGGAUUUCCGGCGGCAUUUGCCACCCGACAGGGCAGCGAUGGCGCCGUCUGGCUGCAACAGUUUCAGCCCGCUCGCCCGGAGGAGUGGAGUGUGCGGCAUGAGGGGAAUCUGCAUGCCUUCGGCUAUGUCCAAGCGUCGAAGCAACAGCGCAAGUUUGUCGAUUGCUGUCCAGACUUGGAUUACGCUGUCAUCUGUGAGAGUUAUCGCCAUGUGUUCAUCUACAAGCCACGCAAUGAUUCAGCUGGUGGCUUGCGGAAUCGCAAUGGUCCUCAGGUGGUUAUUGGCAAACAGAAUUUGGUGACUCUCGACGAUGACGUGGGCGAGGUACUUGGCCUAAUUACCGCACCAAAUGUGAUUACUAUUCUCACCGAACAUGCUGUGUUUUAUUUACAAGUUUAACUUUGUAUAACUCCUGUUAAUUUACCACAGAAAUAUAUAUGUAUAUAUAUUUUACCAUA